AAUUUCCAAGUCGGGGGCUGCAAGGCGACAGGUGCGGCAACUUGCUGGGCGUCGUCGGAUGAUUGUCGGCUAAACAACUUUUGCAAGUUCUCUGCGCCAGAAGUUUGGGAGACAGAGCAUCCCGCUUCCAUCUCCAAUUGCCAUAACCAAAUACCAACGUAGCCGAAAAUGUCUAUGUUCCGUGCGAAAAAGCUGGAUCUUGGGUGCUUCACCAAGAUCCGAACGAUCAGAGACCACACAAAGCGCAAAGUUUUUGAGCAACACGAGCCCGAAAGACAAGCUCUCAGAUAUAUGAUUCGCAAUACCUCACUACCACCGCGUGCCCGAGCCGAAGCGCAACUUCAGUUGACGCAGAUGCACAGCUACACGAGACCUACACAGAUCCGCAACAGAUGUAUAAUGGGAGGCCGUGGACGUGGUAUUUUCCGAGCCUUCAAAUUGAACCGAUUCGUAUUCCGUCGAGAGGCAAUCGCAGGCAACUUACCUGGUGUUAAGAUUGCUAGUUGGUAGAUGGUAUAUAAAGCAUGGUUCGUGAUUGUAAAAUAUAUAUGUACAUUAGCGUUUGUCAUUAGCCGCUCUUUCUACCUAUGUUAUACGAAAAUAAUACUGAAAAUUUGGCGCUCACAUAGAUGCUGUACCAGUAACCACUGCGCGAGUAUGUACAUGUGGCUCACUCCAUGUCGACUUAGCCAAUUAAUGUUAAAAUAGAUAGCGUAAUGACACGCAUAUACAUCUUAUCUCACCGCUGAAUAUAAUUAUGAAUAUUAGCUUCCGAGAAGUGACGCAUUUGUACCUUGUGAAGUCAGUAUGCAGACUUCCGGGUAGGCGACGAGAUCGAAAAUUU